AUGCGCUGCUCGGAAGGAACCGCCAGGACGCAUUUCAAGUUGAUAACACCGCCACGCCUUGCACUGAGGGAGCGGAUAUAUCACGCGAAAGGAGGACUUACCAGGACUUCUGCAGGGGGUUCAACCUUCCCCCUGGCGGAAACGGGCGGGCGCCCUCAGUACAGAUCAUCGAUCUCGAAGGCUCGGGGGAUCAAGAUCAACGGUAAGCAGAAGAGGAAAGCUGUAGAGACUGUGGGCUGGUUUGUGCCCCGGACAGUCGCGUCUAACAAAGCAUUGGAGUCCUUUGUCUUCGAUCUUGUAAGACACGACCUGAUUCUCUACUACCCAGUCUUCCUGCUUAGCAGAGUCAUCAUCUUCAACUUCUCUGGAUACAAGCCCAGGGAUGAGUUCCUGGAUGCGCUAGCUCCAUUGGCCUUGGCAGGAAACCAUUUGGACAUUCGAGGCAUGCCAGAGUCGGACCAACGGAAGGAGGCGCCAUUCGGACACCUGCACAUCGUCUGUCGCGACUUUCACUUCAACCAGCAAGGCGGCUACGACGCGCACAUCAUGCACAUGGAACCCGAAGGCGGCCCCGCGGCCGCGGAGCGCAACCGGCGCCGCGCGCUCCUCUGCAGCACCUUUGCUGACAUCACCUUCCACUACUUCCCCGUGCUCGACUCGGAGCUGACCCGCGGCCGCGCGCUGCCCGCGGAGCGCCUGCCGGCCGCGUUCCAGCACAGCCUGGCAAACCUCGCGGCCGUCAUGGCGCGCCAGCUGAAGGACGCGACGCGGCCGCGCUUCUUGCGCGCCGCGGGCGCGGCCCUCAUGGGGGCGCAGAAUGUCGUCAUCCUGAAGAGCGCGCUGGGGCAGAUCCAGGAGAGUGACGUCAUCCGAGUGGCCGACCUGACGGCCUCGAUGCACGGCGCACUUUGCCGGGAGGCUGUGGCCAAGAUGCAGAAACUGGGCGACGAGCGCCGCGCGCUUUUGGAGGGAUCCCCCGUGAUGGCGCCCGCGCAGCUCGAAGCGUUUCUGCGCGACUCGGUGCGCACGAUGCGCGCGGCCUGGGAGGGCGACGGCGCGGCCGCGGAGAUGCUCCCGUCCGUGCUCGCGGAGUACAACGGCAAGGUGGCGGAGGUUUUGACCGCGUACGAGGCCGCGUGUCGCGGCUGGCACGCGGCCGCGGCUGAGAAACUCAGCGACGAGCUUUUUGCGAAGGCGAAGAGCGCGCUAGAACAAGACCUCGACACGGAGUUUGACGCGAGUAAACUGCCGCUUCUGGGCAAUCAAUUUCAUGCGACAGCCAAGAGGUAUUUUGACAGGGCGCGGCAGAGUUUGCUGGACUCGUUAAACGGACUCUUUUCGGUUGAGAGUAUUCGCGAACGCGAGGCGAGUUCUACGGCGCUGUUCAAAGGGCUGGAAAAGAUGCACGAGGCUCGCAACGCUGCGGCUCAAGCGAGCGCGGACCUGGACGCGGAGAAGAAGAAGGCGACAGCGGCGGCGGAAGAAGUGCAGCGGCUCAAACUUCAGGUAGAAGCGGCGGAGAAGAGGUCCCAGCAGAUGACGUCCGAUCACACUGCCUGGAUGCGUCGCAUGGACGACCAACUACUGGCGAUCCGAAACGAGAUCGCGGCAAGCGCGCAAAGAGAAAGGGAGAGAUACGAGAGGAACAUGCUGCUCUUCAUGCGUAUGUGCAUGAUGCACGGCCCCCCUCAACCCGUCAUGUUCCGCCCCUCACCCCGCAGAAUCGAAUGCAGAGUCCCGAACGUGAGGUUCAUAGAGUUGGAAGAGGACGACUGUGAGUAUGACUCUGACUAG